AUGAUUGGCUCAAAUGAGCUUUUGAAUAUUGUUUCCCUAAUAAAACUAGAAACGAGUUCAAAUGAAGAUAAGCUUUAGAGUAUUGAUAAUGGGUUUUGCCAACCCAAAUCAGUUGAUCAAUGUAAGGAUGCUUUUGCGGUGACAAUUUGCUCUUCAAAUGUUGCAGUGAAUGAAAUCAUUGCAUAAAUUGGAGAUUUUAAUUAUGAUAUGAUCGACAAGAUUCCCUCAAAUCCAAACAGAAUCUUCAGGCCUAUCAUUAAAUGCGAUACUGGUGAUAUGUAUCAAGGUGAAUAUGAUACAGUCAAUAAAUAGCGUGAUGGAAGAGGCAGAUAGAUUUGGAGUAGUGGAGAAGUUUUUGAUGGAUUUUGGAAGAAUGGUUCGAGAAAUGGAUAUGGGAGAUAUGUAUAUGUUAGUGGUAAUUACUGCAUUGGUGAGUGGAAGGAUGGUAAAAUUAAUGGAUAUGGAAAAUAUUAUUAUAAAAGUGGAAGCUCUUAUGAAGGAUAAUGGGUAAAUCAUAAAUCAGAAGGAUUAGGAUUGUAUAAAUGGAUUAGUGGUUAAUAAUAUUAUGGAUAAUGGGUGAAUGACAAGAGAUAAGGUGUAGGAGUAUUCACAUCCAAGAGUGGUAAUAUCCUUGGAUAGAGGAAGAAUGGUUAAGAUCAUGGAAUACAAAUGUAUAUUCCAAGUGAUGGCGGAUAAAUAGAAAUAAACAAAUAUGAGAAUAAUAAGUUGAUAGAGACAUUGCUUAAAAUAGAUAAUGGCUAAAAUUGA